GGGUUUCAGCGAGACACAGAGAAGUACAACGGAAAAUUAAAUUGCGCCUCGAUUUCAACAUGACGCGGAGCGAGGCCUAGGACCGAGAUCGCAUCUCAGUUGCCCCUUUCCGUAGAGGGGAGAGUAAAGAGAGCAGGAGGGAAGACGGGGAAGAGGUGAGUGAAGAGUGAAGCUUCUCGUGAUCGUCAGGGUCGCGUUGAACCGCCAACGACACCGUACCGCGCGGAUAUCUGCCGGAGAAGCACGAAGAACGGAAGAAGGAUCGGAGCGGGCAGUUCGCCAGCGGUGCAGGAUGGCGGAGAAACGGUCCUUCCGGCCGUGGGUCGUCCUCGCGACGAUCCUGUCCGGGCAGCUGCUGCUGCUGCUGCUGCCGCUGCAGCCGGCCCGCGGCGAGAUCUACACCAAGAUGUUCUCGAGCCAGCAGAACCCGAGCGACCCGUGCUACGACGAGGACCGGCCGCGCCGGUGCAUCCCCGAUUUCGUGAACGCGGCGUUCGGCGCGACCGUCGAGGCGUCGUCCACGUGCGGCACCGGCGGGCCCACCCGCUACUGCGACGUCACCGACGAGCCCGGCGGCACCACCGGCAUCGGCCACUGCCACGUGUGCGACGACAGCACGCCCCGGCGACGCUUCCCCGCGAGCUAUCUGACCGACCUGAACAACCCGAACAACGUCACCUGCUGGCGCAGCGAGCCGCUCGUCAGCUCGCAGAGCUUCUCGGCGCCGCCCGACAACGUCACCCUGACCCUCUCCCUCGGCAAGAAGUACGAGCUUACGUACGUCAGCCUGCAGUUCUGCCCGCGCGCCGCCAAGCCCGACUCGAUCGCGAUCUACAAGUCGAUGGACUACGGCAAGACCUGGCAGCCGUUUCAGUUCUACUCGUCGCAGUGCCGCCGGGUCUACGGCAGGCCGAAUCGCGCCACCAUCACCAAGGCGAACGAGCAGGAGGCCCGGUGCACCGACAGUCACCGUUACACCGGCGGCGACGGCCUCGGCCCGGUCGGCAGGAUCGCCUUCAGCACCCUGGAGGGCCGACCGUCCGCCGCCGACUUCGACAACUCGCCGGUGCUGCAGGACUGGGUGACCGCCACCGAUAUCCGGGUGGUGUUCAACCGGCUGCACAUGCCGUCGGGCCCGGACCAGGGAUCGUCGUCGCUCAACGGCGAGGAGCAUCACGUGGCGGCGAUCGGGCUGGAGGAGAUGACGAAGCGGGAACGCGAGCGCGAGGAACGGCUCAAGAGCCAGAAGAACGCGAUUCUGCACGGCCAGGAUCCCUUGGUGACGGCCCUGCCGUCGGUCCAUCAGGUGAUCGCGCCCCAAGAGAUGCAGUCCAACGACGCGAUCGACGCCGCGGUACGCGACAUGGGCUUCGUGCCGGUCACCGUCUCCUCGACCACGACCACGCUCGCCAGCGUGGCGAUGAACGGCCUGGGCCCGAUCGCCACCGCCACCAUGGCCCACCACUACGCGGUCUCGGACUUCGCCGUGGGCGGCAGGUGCAAGUGCAACGGACACGCGGCGCGCUGCAUCCCCGGCAAGGACGGCGAGGUCGUCUGCGAGUGCAGGCACAACACCGCCGGCAGGGACUGCGAGCGAUGCCGGCCCUUCCACUUCGACCGGCCGUGGGCCAGGGCCACCGCCAGGGACGCCAACGAGUGCAAAG